AUGGUUCAAACAAAGCCCGAAGCGCCUGGCGCUGUUACUCCCAAGAGAAACAUUGAGCUAUUCUCUGGCACCUACUUUGCUGCUUGCACGUUGGGCGGAAUCAUUGCUUGCGGACCCACCCACACAGCCGUCACCCCUCUGGAUCUGGUAAAAUGCCGUCGCCAAGUAGACAGCAAGCUCUACUCGUCCAACCUCCAAGCCUGGAGCACAAUCUUCCGUAAAGAAGGCCUCCGCGGCGUCUUCUUCGGCUGGUCUCCCACUUUCAUCGGAUACUCGUUCCAGGGAGCUGGCAAGUACGGCGCCUACGAGUUCUUCAAAUACACCUAUGGCGAGAAGCUGUUCCCAAACACCAACAAGACUAUUGUGUAUCUCGGUGCUUCUGCCACCGCAGAGGCCAUUGCCGAUUUGUUCUUGUGCCCCUUCGAGGCCCUCAAGGUCCGCAUGCAGACUACACUGCCUCCUUUUGCAUCCAACCUUCGUGAGGGAUGGGGCAAGGUUGUCGCGCAAGAAGGAUAUGCUGGUCUCUACAAGGGUCUGUACCCCCUCUGGGCUCGUCAGAUCCCUUACACCAUGGUCAAAUUCGCAACCUUCGAGUCCGCCGUCGCACAGAUCUACAAGCAACUCGGUGCUCCCAAGGAAACCUACGGUACUCUUGCUCAAACCGGUGUCUCCUUCCUCGGUGGUUACAUUGCUGGUAUCGGAUGCGCUGUUGUCUCGCACCCUGCCGAUGUCAUGGUCAGUAAAUUGAACAGUGACCGCAAGGCUGGCGAAGGCGCUGGCCAGGCCGUCAGCAGAAUCUAUGGCCAGAUUGGAUUCAGAGGUCUGUGGUCGGGUGUUGGACUCAGAAUCGUCAUGAUUGGUACUUUGACUGCCUUCCAGUGGUUGAUUUACGACUCGUUCAAGGUCUCGAUUGGUCUGCCUACUACUGGUGGUCACUAG